AUGGAAGGGGGAAGCUUAGCAAAUAUAUUGAGUGAUGAUGUAAAGGCAAAGGAGUUGGAAUGGACUAUCAGAGUCAAUGUCGUCAAAGGUUUAGCCAAUGCCAUAUCCUAUAUGCACCACGAGUGCACUCCUCCUGUAAUUCACAGAGACAUAUCAAGCAAGAAUGUUUUGAUGGAUUCCGAAUAUGAAGCUCAUAUUUCCGACUUUGGUUCAGCUAGAACUUUUGAUCCUGAGACAUCAAAUUGGUCUUCAUUUGCUGGAACUUUUGGAUACUCAGCCCCAGAGCUUGCAUAUACAAUGGAAGUAAAUGAGAAGUGCGACGUGUACAGCUUUGGUGUUGUAGCAUUGGAAGUGAUCAUGGGAAAGCAUCCGGGAGAUCUCAUCUCUUCUCUAUCAGAAUCAUCAUCGUCAUCAUUAUCAUCAUCAAGAGCUGAUCAAAUUCUAUUGAAGGAUAUAUUGGAUGAACGUCUUUCACCUCCAAGGAAUCAAGUAUCAGACCAAGUGGUCUCCAUUGCAGAGCUAAUAUUUGCCUGCUUAAAUCCUAGUCCACAGUCUCGGCCAACUAUGAAACAACUAUCUCAAAAGCUAUCAACUUCAAAGUCAUCACUGUCAGAGCCUCUUCCUAUGAUUACGAUGAAGCAACUUCUUGAUCUCCCAACUUAUACAUCCUGAUGAUGCAGCCGCAAAAUCCCUCCUUGUUUCAUGUUGUGUCUUUGCAUUUUCUUUCACUACUCUGUCCUUGUGUUGCUUGACUCUUUUUAUUAUUAUUAUUAUUUUAUUA